UCCAUCUUGAGCUUUCUCAUCCUCUUAACCUUCCUUCCAUAUGGUCUUGCAAUGGCGUACCAGACCACCGGCAUUGCCAUCCUUACAAUCAUUUUCUUCGUUGUCAAAUACCUAAACAGGACUGAUACGCCCAAGAUCAAGAACCUGCCAGAAAUCCCAGGCGUUCCCCUCUUUGGUAACUUGUUACAGUUCGGAAGUACCCACGCCAGAGUAGCCGGGCAAUUAGCAAAGAAGUAUGGGCCAGUCUUCCAAGUAAGGCUAGGAAACAGGCGUAUCGUGUUCGCCAACUCUUUCGACUCGGUCCGCCAUCUCUGGAUCACCAACCAAUCUGCCCUAAUCUCACGCCCCACCCUCCACACCUUCCAUAAUGUGGUCUCCAGCUCCCAAGGCUUCACAAUCGGCACGUCGCCGUGGGAUGAGUCUUGCAAGCAACGUCGGAAGGCUGCGGCAACCGCCCUGAACCGACCGGCCGUGCAAUCGUACAUGCCAAUCAUCGACCUAGAAUCGAACGUCUCCAUCAAGGAGCUCCUCGAGGACAGCGAGAAUGGCAAGAAGGACAUCGAUCCCAUCGCAUAUUUCCAACGCUUCGCGCUCAACACUUCGCUGACAUUGAACUAUGGGUCAAGAAUCGAUGGUAAGAUCGACGAUGCGCUGUUGAAGGAGAUUUGUGACGUAGAGCGCGCUAUCAGCAACUUCAGAUCUACGAGCAACAACUGGCAGGAUUACAUCCCACUAUUGAGAUUAUUCCCCGGAACUAAUACCGAGGCUAAAGAAUGGAGAGACAGGAGAGACAGUUACCUAACGUUGCUGUUGAGUAAGCUCAAGAAGGAGAUUGAGGAAGGGACAGACAAGCCUUGCAUCACGGGCAACAUCUUGAAAGACCCCGAGGCGAAGUUGAACGAGAACGAGAUCAAAUCCAUCUGCCUAACCAUGGUUUCCGCAGGGCUCGACACCAUCCCCGGAAACCUAAUCAUGGGGAUCGCCUAUCUCUCUUCGCCCCACGGCCAAGAGAUCCAGAAACGAGCCUACGAAGAGAUCAUGAAGGUGUAUCCAGAUGGCAACGCCUGGACGCAGUGUCUCGUCGAGGAGAAAGUCCCCUACGUAACAGCCUUCGUCCGCGAAGUCCUCCGUUUCUUCACCGUCAUCCCCAUCAGUCUGCCCCGAACAAGCAUCAAGGACAUCACAUACGGCGACGCCGUCAUCCCCGCGGGCACCACAUUCUACAUGAACGCCUGGGCCGCCGACUUCGACACCUCGCACUUCAAAGACCCCCACACCUUCUCGGUCGAGCGCUACCUCGACAACCCCGAAGGCGCGGGCACCCCGCACUACGCGUAUGGCGCCGGGUCCCGCAUGUGCGCCGGCUCGCACCUCGCGAAUCGCGAGCUGUACACGGCCUUCGUCCGUCUGAUCACGGCAUUCCAUAUCGAUGCGCCGCGGGCGCCUCAGGAUCUCCCCAUCUUGGACGCGCUGGACUGUAAUUCGAUACCGACGAGCUUGACGACGGACCCGAAACCUUUCAAGUGCGGAUUUAGGGCGAGGAAUCUGGAGGCGUUGCAGAGGUGGAUGAGGGAGAGUGAGGAACGGACUAGGGGUUUGUAAGGGAUUGUAAGGGGUUGGGAUAGUGUUUGGUCUGAGGCUUGUGCAGACAUGUUGCUUGCUUACCUUACCCUUAAGUAGGUGUAUAUAUAAAACAAAACUUAUCUGCAAAG